CGCUGUGAAUAAUCAGGUUUAUUCAGUCUUUAGCCAUUGAGAUUUGAGCCGACGGAAAGCUCACCUGUGUAUUAAUAAUGCAUUACAGCAGUCCUAUCUGUCAGAUCCAGUCAGUCAUCCACGGUGUGCACAGGCAUGGUGGGAUCUGGGUUACUCUGAAGAUACUGCAAGAUUGUGACUGGUGAGGUUAUUAAUUGUUUUGAUAUUUUCUGUUACAUUUUUUUUCUGUGUAUAUUUCAGAUGUUUUUUGGACUUUUUUUUUUUUUAAUUCAUUGCAGUGCAGAACAAUGUCCUUGAUUAUGUGCUUGACUAUAUGUUUUAAUGUAGAGAGUACACAGUGGGGACUUGAACUUGACAGUAACUAGAUGACCUGACUAUUAGCAAUUGGGACAUUUUGUAACACCAACAGUUACUGAAAUGGAGUUCUUCAAAUUUAUAAUGAAUGGAAGGGUGUAAAUUUGUGAUAAAAAAAAAAAAAAAGAAAUUCCAACCAACAAUGGAAUUUGUAGACUGGCCAUUACAACUGUUAUUUAAAUAUAUUCCUUUUUCUGGCUCAUUUCACAUGAAAACUAGAUUUGUUUUUGCCUGACAAACAUGGAGCUUAUCGGUUCAACACAACUGGCCACAUACACACGGCCCAAGACCAGUAACUUCCUGCCAGCCAUCUCCAUAACAGCAUCCAGCUACAAAAACCUCCAGCCGACCCUCACCACCAACCAGAACUCUAACUGGAGGACUAACAUGUACUUCAGGAGUGGGAGUGCUAUUCCAUCCAUCCUGCCCAUAUCUCAAAGAGAAAACCUGGAUCUGGUUCGGGCUAAGACUAUGUUCUACCCAUCCAACAGGACUUCACUAAUGACACGCUAUACACCAGAUGACUGGUACAAAUCCAACCAGAACAACUACCGAGAUUCAGAAUCCAACAGGAAGAGUGCAGAGCGGCUGAGGAAGGACACGAUCCGCUUGAUCCAGGAUCGGGAUCAGUGCACACGCAGGAGUCAGGAGAACACCAGCAGGAACCUGGGGGAGAGGUUAAACGAUAUCAGCUUCUGGAGGUCUGAGCUGGGCCACGAGAUUGACAAUAUGGUGACGGAGAUAGCAGCACUGAUGGAGGUGAAAAGAAGACUGGAGAGAGCGCUUGCUGAGACCGAGGGGCCACUGCAGGUGUCUCAGGAAUGCUUGUUUCAUCGAGAGAAGAGGAUGUCCAUCGACUUGGUACAUGAUGAUGUUGAAAAAGACCUGAUCAAGGAAGUGGAGGUGAUAAAGUCGUGUCAGGAGAGAAUGAGGAGGAACUUGGACAAAGCCUUUGCACAGCUGGCAUCAAAUCGAUCAGCACAGCAUGAACUGGAAAGAGAUUUAAACGAUAAGGUCACAGCUCAGCGUAUAGACGACAGGUGUCAUCAGAUGCGAAACACCUCGGACGGCAUCAGCUACUACCGAGGCAUCGAGCGCCUUGAUCCCUCUCUGAGCUUGCCUGACUCGUGGUCAAAGUUCACAGAUGAAAACAUCCUGCACUCUCAGAGUCAGCGUGCGGCGUCACACAAGCUCCGCGACGAGAUCGAGGUUCUGCUCAACAUCACCUCCAACGAGAUGUGGAACCAGUUCAACACUGUCAACGUCUCCUUCACCAACCGCAUCUCUGAAAUGGCGGAUACCAAGAACAGCCUACAGGCUCACUUGGCCAAGACCCUUCAGGAGAUCUACCAGACCGAGAUGCUCAUUGACACCUUGAAAAAGGCGAUUCGUGAUAAGGAGAACCCCCUGAAAGUGGCUCAGACCCGUCUGGAGGAGAGAACCCGUAGACCCAAUGUGGAACUCUGCAGAGACAGCCCAUAUCAUAGGUUGGUGAGUGAAGUGAGGGAGAUUGAGGACACGAUUCAUACUCUGAAGGAGCGGCUAAUGGAGGCCGAAAACACUCUGCAGAAUCUAGUGAAGACCAAAGUGGCUCUGGAGCAUGACCUCUCCAUCAAGGCCAACUCACUCUUCCUUGAUCAGGAGAAAUGCAUGAGCAUGAGGAAGAGUUUUCCCAGCACCCCACGCCUGGUGGGAUAUACUUAGAGUCCAGAAUUCCUUUCAUGUUAUUACAGCUCCGGUUUUCUAGAUCCAAGAUUUUGAAAAUAUAAAGAAUUUAUUACACCUGUUUGCAUCUUCAAAAUAAUACAUUUGGUUAAAAUCAUUUUACAUAUAACAGAUUAAAAUAAAAGUAUUUCUGAUGAGGAACAUAAAUAGUCUACAAUCACCAAUGAAUUCAUCUAUCAUCUAUAAAUCAUCAUAGAAUCAAAGCUCGAAAUUAUUAAGCAUAGUAUGUGCAAAGUAUGUCCAAUAUCCAAGGGGAUGGAUACAAAUAGAGAACAAUACUCGGCCUGAAAGAGAACCUUGAGCAGUUACAAACUGGUAACAAUUUAAGUUCACAACUUGUUAAAUAAGUAAACUUGCUGAGAGUUUUUCUGCUUAUAUUGACUUUCCUUGGCUAUCCUCAGAAUCAACUGACUGUGGUGUGAGAUUGUCUCAUUACGCUUAGACGUUUGCUUUGUUAAGGCACUGUAAACAAGUGAAUGGUGCUAAUCCUCACCUGUAGGUCUGAUGUAAAAAAAAAAACAAAAAAAAAAACCUGAAAUAUCCUGUUGUACCUAAAUAACUGGACUCCCAAUUUGUCCUUUAUAAACAUACUUGAUGCUAAUCUUGUAUUGGUUCCUCCUGCUACAGUACCAUAUAAACUAGACAAGCUAGUUUAUUAGCAGCACAUACUUACAAGUUUAUAAUCUAAGACUAUUUCAUUCUUUCUAUUAAAAUCUGUUUAAACCUAGUCAGUGUCAUCAUUUCCUCAGUGUGGACUAAAAUCGAAGACAAGUUCGACUUGAAACAGAUGUUACAGCUGACGUGUGUUUGAGGAGGAACAGUGCAAUCUAAAACACAUGCUAAGUUUCAAACACCCACUUAUGACUUAUACUUACACAUAUGCAGUCACUUCUGCCAAUUCCUUUCAGAGAGAACUGGCUAAGGUGCACUCAAAACAUUACCAGAUGACAUAAUUGAUUUGCAUAUUCAUG